GGUUCUCCCGGCGAGAACGUGCCUCUCAAGCUUUGGGACAGCCAAUGAAUGGUUAUCCCUUGAGCAUGCAAACAAACAGUUGUCGUUAUUGGGGAGAGUUGACGGGAAAGAGAGGAAAUCAAAGGAUAAGUAAUAUGCUGGACAGCCUUGCUGCAAUUAGUCGAGGUUUACGGUGAAGAUAUCUUAAGCUAGUCCUCUGCUCAUUUCGUGAAGGGUCGCCAAAGCUACACCCGUUCCAUACGCCAUACACUCCAGACUGAUGUCUCAAGAUGUCACGAGUAUGGCGUCCUCUGUUGGACACGCUGGGGCUGCAGCCUCAAGUUCAAGUUCCUCCACCGGCACAACCACCAUCACCAUCACCUCCGGGCACCGGGGAGGUCAGCUCCCAACUCUUCCAACGCCCGACACUAUCCCGCUUCCUCGCCGAUUUCACGCUCGGCUUCGCCGACGGCCUGACGGUGCCCUUUGCGCUGACGGCGGGCCUCUCGUCGCUCGGCCAUACCGACACGGUCAUCUACGCUGGCAUGGCCGAGAUCUGCGCGGGCAGCAUCAGCAUGGGCAUCGGCGGCUACCUGUCUGCGCGGGGCGAGGUGGCGGCGGCGGCUGCCGCGGAUAAGGCCGGCGCCGAGGCUGUCGUGGAAGGGUUGCGGGAGACGCAGCGGAGAGGCGACCGCCAAAGGGACGAGGAAGGGGAAAAUAGAGACGAGCGAUUGCCGUCACCGCUCAUGGCUGGGUUCUCUGUCGCACUUGGAUAUCUCCUGGGCGGCGUGCUUCCGUUGUUUCCUUACUUCUUUGUAAGGCACGUCAAGGACGGCCUGUCCUGGAGUUUUGGGGUGUGCGCCGUGGCGCUGUUUCUGUUCGGCUUCUGCAAGGAUUUUGCGUUGAGUGGCAAGCCGCGCAGGAUGCGCGGGAGCGACAUACGACGUAGCGCCUGGGAAGGUGCGCAAAUGGUAUUUUUGGGGAGUGUGGCGGCGCUGGCCGCCGUAUUGUGUGUAAGAGCGUUUGAGGGCAUCCAAGUGGAUCAUAGUGAGCAGUCGCCGUAA